GGGCGGAGCUGGAGUCUCCUUGGGGGCCCCCGUGCUGCGGCCUAGUCAGUUUGACCCGGCCUCGGGCGCGCCAUGGGCGGCGGUGAGAGCGUUCCCCGGAGGGUCACCUUCGAGGCGGACGAAAACGACAACAUCACGGUGGUGAAGGGCAUCCGGCUCUCCGAAAAUGUCAUCGAGCGGAUGAAAGAGCCGUCUUCUCCCGGCGGAAAGACUCCGAAGAAAUUGGGAUCCAGCAGUCAUACUUCCAUCGGUGGAGUCGGAGUCAAUGAAGAAGAACUAAAGAAAAGAAUAGCUGAAGAAUUGGCCUUUGAACAAGCGAGGCGAGAGGCAGAAGCUCAGAAGAGAUUAAAACAAAACCCACCGUCCGUCCAAGAUGAAGUGGCUAAAGCCCUUGACCGGGAGAGGGCUGCGUCCAGCGAGCAUUUGGCUAGGGCCGUCUUGCGCGAGAGAGCUUCAGCUGAAGAGGAACGCAUGAAGUCCCAGCUACUGGCCAAGCAGCUACAAGAAAAGGAAAAGGAGCUGAAGAAACAUGAGACUUACUACAAGGAGCAGCUGAACCGCCUGGAGGAGAGGAGCUCCCAAUUCUACAAAGUCACCACCGAACAAUACGAGAAAGCUGUCAACGAGGUCAAAUCCCGAUUCAAGUAAGACCUUUUUUUUGAGAGAGAGAAAU